GCUUUUGCUGACAAGUGAGCUUGAGGCUUUUCUACGUGCCAUAAUUAACAUUGCCUUGAAGACUCCGGACACCAAGAUUGGCCUCAGAAAUAUUUGGCAUAUAUCUUUAUUUUUUUCAUAUUGGAAGCAUAUUCCCUUUAACACCUCCAGCAAAAUUAAGCAUCAAGAAAACAAGUGCAGAGCGGGUCUAUACUUUCACCUUGCCUCACCAGUGCCUAAAUGUAGGAAAGGCCGCUGAAGUUGAAGGCAUUUGUUGGAUUUUUGGAGGUUGAAGGUAACCAUCUGCAGUCAUUGAGGCCCAAGUUGAAUCUGAAUUCCAGAGGAUUCUAAAUAGAUCUGGUUAUCCCGAAGAAACUCCUUAAGGAAGGAACAAGCUGACUAGAGAAGACACUGAUCAAUAAUAGGCAUUUUUGUGGUCUUUUUAAUGUUUUCUGCUGUGAAACGUUUCAAGGGUUAUUGAUUUUUUUCCCCUCCAUUUUCCCAUCUCUCUUCCCCAAACACACACCCACACAUACCUACUCCUCCCAUCUCUCUUUCUCUCACACGCAUACACACUUUUUGUCUGCCAUAAUGAACCGUCCAGCCCCUGUGGAGAUCUCAUAUGAGAACAUGCGUUUUCUGAUUACCCACAAUCCUACCAAUGCAACACUCAACAAGUUCACAGAGGAACUUAAGAAGUAUGGUGUGACAACUUUGGUCCGAGUUUGUGAUGCUACGUAUGAUAAAGCUCCAGUUGAAAAAGAAGGAAUCCAGGUUCUAGACUGGCCAUUUGAUGAUGGAGCUCCACCUCCUAAUCAGAUAGUAGAUGAUUGGCUAAAUCUAUUAAAAAGCAAAUUUCGAGAAGAGCCGGGUUGCUGUGUUGCUGUGCACUGUGUUGCUGGGCUGGGAAGGGCACCUGUGCUGGUUGCACUUGCUUUGAUUGAAUGUGGAAUGAAGUAUGAAGAUGCAGUUCAGUUUAUAAGACAAAAAAGAAGGGGAGCAUUCAAUUCCAAACAGCUGCUUUACCUUGAGAAGUACCGACCCAAGAUGCGAUUACGAUUCAGAGAUACCAAUGGGCACUGCUGUGUUCAGUAGAGAAAAAGCUGAAUUGGAUUGUGGUUUUUUUGUGGGGACUCUUGGUACCUGGAAAUGUGAAUCUGGAAUCUAAACUAUGUCAACAAAGUAGCGAUGGGAGUCAGUACUCCUCAACCUCUGUCCUAAUGUUUUAAAACAAAACAAAAAAGAAAACUCUAUAACGUGAAUAAUAAAGAGUUUAAAGAGAGAGAGAGGGGAAAAAAUGAUGAAUUCAGUGAAGGAUGAUUUUCUCCCAGUGUUGCAGUUUGAAUUUCUGCCAGGAGGGAAUCAUUUCUAAACCUCCUGUAUUUUUUAACUUUUUUCAAAAUGGGGUCUCUAAGGAAAACCAGCAGAACAUUGGCCUGUGCAGCAACAAUCAUCUGUUUGGGGAGCACACCUCACAGUUAGGGCUGGCCCAUCCUCCUCCCUGUGGCAUUUCCUCUCUGGUUAUCUUUCCCUUGUCUCGUGUGUGUGUGUGUGUGUGUGUGUGUGUGUGUGUGUGUGUGUGUGUGUGUGUGUGUGUGUGUGUUGACAGAGGCUAGGAGGAGCCCUGGCUGCUGUGGAUGUGUACAGUCUGACAGCCUUAAGCCCAACUGGGCACUUUUAGAAAUAACAGUGGCAGUUUUGUUCUGUGGCCCAGGGGAUUGGUUCUUAGUCUUGAGUAACAAGGAGAUGUUCUUUUUAGUCUUUCUUUUCCUGAAAAUUCAACCUAUCAUUAGGCAGAGCAGGCAAGGAACCCUUUUUAGGGGGGAUGGGUGGUUUGAAGGUUGGGUUUCUUUGUUUUGUGUUGGAUUUUUUUUGUUUUGUUUUUUUGUUUUUGUAAUUGAGGUGGGGGUAGUAUAAGAGGAGUAUAUCUUCUGUUAUGUGUGCAUUCAUACUUGUCCAAAGAACUUAGCUGAGAGAUGAACUGUUUCCUUCUAUUGCUUAAGUAAGAAUAUGGAGCAAAAGCUAAGUGGAUUAUGGAAAGAUGAACUUUUUUACUAGGUGGGAGGAAAGGCCUCCCUCUUCCAGGUCAGACUGGUUCUCUUGCUUGAGAGGCCCUUCCAGGCGGGAAGUUAGCAUGCUUUUUUCUACCCAUUACAGACAUGCCAGCUGUAGCCAUUAUUAUUCAGACUUCAUGUCGGAUAGUGUCAGAGCCCACCAAGGCCUUGAAAUGCCUGUUUCAGGAAUAGUUUGUGUAUUGUGGGUGAGUUUUCAUGGACAGAGUACAGUCCACAGUUGAGAAUAAAUAAAUGUCUGGUGUGGGUAUUCCCAAACUCGCCCUUGUGUACAGUUUCAGUUUAACCACUGAUUGCCUUGUUCUUUUCUUACUCGAUUCUUUUUUGAGAUGAAAAUCACUGGUUCAAAACCAACAAUGCCUAUUGAGUAUUUAGUCCACAGGCCAUGGCAGGGUAGAGAAGAGACCUUGAAUGAAUUGGAGCCUAGGGAAUAUGAAAUGGGUUGCUUGUGGAUCAGUGUAGCAUUAUUUGUACAGCAUUCUUGCUGGAUUCCAUGUGCUAAUACACACUUUCUGCUCCUUCCCAGGCAACAGUUCUAGCCAGGCUGGUUUGAUAGAACAGUUGGAGAGCCCUGACUGGGGCCCUUGUCCUUUUUCACCUCAACAUUGCCUAGGUAACAUCUUUCCACUUCUGAGGCUUGAGAUACAGGCUUAAGGUCACCUUGUCCUGCUGUGUCUUGCUGUGCAGAGCCAAAAACUUUUCGUUUGUUUAGAGCAGCUGGGUCAGUGGGAAUGGACUGGCCAGUCCCUUGUCGAUACCUCAGAUGCCGGCUGUGUGAACUGCCUCCUUUCCUGUUCCCAGAGUUCUGUUUUGAUUGUUAGCUAAAUGAAAAACUGCAGAUUAUUCUCUUUCCCCCUUCUGCCUCCCUCCUGAAAACACAAAAUAAUGCAUUUUAAAUUGUUCCUAGGGUUUUAAAGUUUAAAAAAAAUGAUGGUACUAUCCAAAAUUUAUGAUUUCAGAACAUGCCAAUAGAUUCCUUUUAACAUAGGCCUCAGAUCAAAACAGUACCCCUCAAAGCUCAGACAGCACAGUCUGCUUGCUGAAAUGUCAUUUCAUCAAUGCCAUAAUAAGCCUCUUGCCUUUGAUGAACUUGGAUUUUCAUUGCUGUUAAGAGGUAGGGCAACAUCAGUGCCUACCUGAAUUAGGAGAACCUUCCUGGUUUUGUCUGAUAAGAAGGGUGUACAAGGCUACAGUCAAUACUAGCCCUCUUUUUGUUUUGAACUACAGACUAAUGUUAACUAUUCUCAGAACUGGAUUUCUUUGUGUGUGUGAAAUUAAAAAGUUUUUCUUUUGAAUUUAAUGAAGUAUUGCUAGCUGAAGCCAGUUUGACAUGGUAAGAGAGAUGUCGGACUGAUUGAAAGGUGUGCAGCCUGAUUCCAAACAAACUCUGAACCCUUUUAAAGAACAAUAAAACAUAUUUUACAUGCUC